AUGGUAGAAGAGAGGUUUGAACUCAAUGGGGACAAGAUUGAAAGAAGAAAAAUCAUGUUACCGAACACUAAUGCUAAAAUAAUGCUGGAUCCUUUCAGGGAUAAUGGUGCUGUUAUUCCCAAAAUUCAAGGAGCUAGUAACGACCAAACCUACCAAGAUCAUUUUGUGGCUCAAGGGAUGACUUUUUCGAGGAUUCACCAGCAAAUGAGAAGGCUGCACCAAGCUCGAGGUAAGAAAGUUGCUCAAAUGAUCGAACAACACUUCAGGAAGAAAGCCGGAGAGAAAGAAAGACUUGCUCGUGAACGGGAACAAAAUUUGAGAAGAAUUAGCAGACUUGCGAUUCAAGCUGUUAAAAAGAGAUGGUCGCAGGCGAACAAAGUCUACAGAAUUCUACAACAUCAAAAGGAAGAAGAACUCAAACAAAUUGAGGGCCGUGAACAUUUGAGUAAAAUGCUUGAACAUUCCACGCAACUUUUGGAGGCACAAUUGAAUCGUUCAUCGAGAGAGAAUACUGAGACCGAAUCAAUAUUAGAUUCUGAUGACGAUGAAAGUAGUGACGAAGAUUCUGAGAAUUUCAGCAGUUCCAGUUCUGAGUCUGAGAAAGAGGACCAAAAUGAUGUCGAGGCUGAUAACGGUUUGACAGUUGCAGAAUUGAAAAAGAAGUAUGCUGGGAUAGAGACAGCGUCGUCUUCAACAUCUCCUUUACCUGCGGAGGAGAACAUUAAUGGGAGCUUGAAAACCCUCGACUCUAAUCAUGAGACCGCCACAGUUUCUGCAGAGUAUACUGAAGAACAAAAGAAGCUUAUCAAGUCUAUUUCUUUGCAAAAAAAUGACCUUCUUGACUCAGAUGAGUACUCCGAUUCUUUGUCUGAAGAGAGCUCUGACCAACUGUCUAGUUCCGAAUCUGAAAACUCGGAUGAAUCAGGUUCCGAAAUGGAAGAUGAACCUACAUCUCUCGCUGCGCUUUACCUGUCCAAUGGUGAAACAAAAGAAGAAGAGAUGUCCGACGUAUCUAUGGAUGAAGCAAAAGAUAAAGCGGAAUCUCCAACAGACUCUAAAGAAGAAAGUGACAAGGAUGAGAAGGUUGAGGAGAUCAAUGGAUUCAAAGUUAAAGAAGUUCCUACUCCACCACUCCUUAGAGGUACAUUACGUCCUUAUCAAAAACAAGGAUUGAACUGGCUAGCGAGCUUGUACAACAAUAAUACUAACGGAAUCCUUGCUGAUGAGAUGGGAUUGGGUAAAACAAUUCAAACAAUCUCACUCUUGGCAUACUUGGCUUGUGAACAUCACAUCUGGGGUCCUCAUCUUAUCAUUGUUCCCACUUCCGUUAUGUUGAACUGGGAGAUGGAAUUCAAGAAGUUUGCCCCCGGAUUUAGAGUUUUGACAUAUUAUGGAUCUCCUCAAGAGAGAGCUCGUAAAAGAAAAGGUUGGAAUAAAAUGGAUGCUUUCCAAUGUUUGCAUUACAUCAUAUCAAUUGGUGGUACAUGA